AUGGCAAACAAUAGGUCCAAAAGAAAUAUGAUUGGUGCUAUCAAGGCUCAGGAUUCUAUUAUUGAAGACCCUUCUCUUAUCAAAGAAGCUGUUGUCAACCAUUUUUCUUCCAUCUUCAGAGAAGGACCUCAAGCUGAAUCCUCAAUGGGAGGAUUUGAAGCUAAGGAAAUUAUUGCAGCUAUCAAGGAUUGCCACAGUUCUAAAGCCCCAGGCCUGGAUGGUUUCAACUUCAACUUCAUUAAGAAAGGUUGGAAUUUUAUGAAGGAUGAUCUGAUUCAUUUUUUCAAUGACUUCCAUUCUAAUUCAAAGCUGGUGAAAGUUCUUCCCAAUCUCAUUGGUGAAACUCAAUCUGCUUUUAUUGGAGGGAAGCAGAUUUUGGAUGGUGUUCUCAUGACAAAUGAAAUCAUUCAUCAUUGGAAAAAACAACAAAGUGGAGGGCCCAUCCUAGAACUGAAUUUUGAAAAGGCUUCUGACUGUGUUAACUGGAAAUUCUUAAUUGACAUGUUGAAGAAUCUUGGUUGUGCACUCAACAUUCUUUUGGAAAGAGCAAGAGCUUGUAGGAUGAUCAGGGGUGUUAAAGUAGGAAGGAAUGGCUUGACUGUCAUAACCCGAAAAUUCGCAUGA